AAAGCAGCAAAGAAAGCUAUAGAUACAGAUGUAUAUGGAUGAUCUUGGAGUGGAGGAAGGUUUAAUAAAUACUCUUUCAGACCGAAGUCGUCAGUUGAAGUUGAAGAUCGAGUGUUGCAACAUCUGAUCGAGAUAUGAAGAAUGUGAAUUGUGUUUAAUUUGAAUAACUAGUGAUUAAGUGAUUUUCUAAAGACAAUUCUUAAAUUACAGUAUCACAUCAGUGUACUGAGUGGUUUUUGAGUGAUAUUUUGUUGUCUAAAAGGAUUAUUUGGAUUAAUCGUCAAAAUGUGGUUAUCAAGGAUUCUUAUUUUAGUUGCAGUGUCUCUAGCUGUUGCCACUGAUGGGCCAGAUGAGGAAACUGCGGAGAGUCAGCGUGAAGCGAGAUAUACAAAGAACGAACGUCCUCUCUUCGUAAUUAGACCUAUGAGACCGCCUCCCAAAGCACAAUAUUUAUCAGAUUCUUCUCUCUCAUCCACUUUAACUUCAUCAUUGAGCAAUUUCCUUCCCAAUUUUGGCUUUGAUUGGAGCUUUCUGGGUGGGGGAGGAAAUAAAGGUUCAAGUCGACCACCUGGGAAAGUCACAUACAAAAUUCUGAAUUACAAAAAGGAACCUCCAAAACAGAAAGCUACACCAUUGUCUCCACUUCAUACAACAUUCAAGGCCGAUUUUGAUGCAAUGACACAAAAGAAGAAGUAUCCAGCAUAUAAUCCCAAACCCGUAAUUCUUGAUACGUUCUACACUCUUCCACUGAAGAGUGUAGAACCUGAGCCAGUGGUUAUAUCGGCAAAGGCAUCAGUUCCAGAACCCAUUCAAUUAUCUGAGAUAAUUGUGGGAAAACCUUCAUCUAAUGGUGUAAAUAUCCCCCCUCACAUUGAGGCUAGUCUCAUUGAGAAUGAUAAAGGAGUUUAUCAUGAACUCACAGGAGAAAUCAAUAUGCCUUCACACCUACAUCAAGACUCAUUGAAGUCUAAAUUGGAGACUCAACCCCUUUCAGAGCCUUAUCAAUUUGAUUUUGGAGGACAUGAUAUCUUGGAUUCCAAACCUAUCAGCCUAAGUCCGUCACUACAGCUGAAACAACAUUUUAAGUUUAAUAGAGAAGAAAAGGAUCCCGCCUUCACGUUUGCCUCUGAAGACGUUAUCAAUAUUGUUAAUCCCCCAAGCCACAAAAAGGACUCCCAAAUACCUGCAAAAGUGAGCUUUGCUCCAGGAGAUGCCAUAAAUAUCGUAAAAGCUCCCUCGGAGAAUUUACAACACCAAGAGUUUUUCCCGAAGCAUACAAAAAUGGUGGAAUCUGGGAGAUACACUCAUGAGCAUUGGCCUCGGGAGAAGCCUAAAUUUGCAUCAACCACCCAAGCUACUCCUGAAUAUUAUGAAAAAAAGACCUCAAACUUUCAUCACAGUCUUCAGCAAACAUCUCCGCAGACCUUUACCGGUCACUUGGAUACAACAUAUGAAGUAGUUGAAAAUAUACCAGAGGAUCAUAAAUUUCCUAAGUAUCCAUUCCUGAAUUCUGCGAGUAAUCACAGAGAUGUGGAAAAUAUCGGCAUCGGGAAAUAUAUGGAAGAUGCUAGGAGGAUGUACUUAGAAUCAUCGAGAAGUGUUAAGGAAGCCCUAAAGUACACAGUUCCAUCCUUUCCCACUACAAAGAAUUCCCUUCACGACGAUUCUCAGGAGAAUGAGAAUGUGGAGAUAAUUACUGAAGGAUUUUCUAUACCUAUUUUUGAACUGCCUAGGAGAACAUCCCAUCAGUCCAAGAAAAAGGGAAAAGUUUAUCAGGAUCGCGAAGAGAAAUAUUUCAGUGACUUUGAAAAGAAACUUGAGGAUGAUAUGAAGACUGAUGAGUAUUAUCUGCCCAAGAGAGAGCCAAUCUACAAUAAUUUCUACUCAAGCACACCAAAGCCAACAGCUUCUACUCUCAAUUUCCAUCCUUCAACGAGUAUCAGUUUCAGCAAGGAGGAUGCAAAAUCAGAUCAAGUUGCAGAUGUCAUUGAAUUUUGGCCACCAAGAUCUAAUUCCAAAAAUCAAGAAAUGUUCCCAGAUUACGCAAAUAAACAGCCAUCCCAAAAUCAUGUAACUGUUCCUGAUUUUGUCAAGCUUUCUGUAAACCCGAUGAAAACUGAUAAUUUUAAUGAGGUGCAAGAGGAAACAACUACUGAGACAAUUGAAACACUUCCUCCAGCAAACUUCAACGUCUUCCCGAGUGGACAAUUCUACCUUCCUUCUGGGCAAGACUUUCAGCAAGAAUUACACAAAAAAUUACCAAAAUUCCCCAUGAAAUUAGAAGGAUCAAAUAAUCAUUCGCAAAAAACAGGCAUCGAGAACAGCAACUUUAUUCCAAACCACAAAUAUGAUGACUAUGAGGAUGAAUAUAAAGAACCAGCAACGACAGAAAACUACUUAAGUCAUUACAAACCUACCAGUACACCAAGAACUAAGUUCACAAUGCCUUCAUUGGAUUUUAAGGAAAAUUUGACUCCUAAAUCGACAUUCUUUGUGAAGAUUACAACAACCUCACCACCUCUUCAUAGGCGACCUAGUCCCACAAGCAUCUCCUGUGAAAGGAGAUGUAUCCAAACUACAGUAACACAGGAGUAUCUGCCUGUUUGUGGAAGUGAUGGAAGGACCUACUCCAAUCGAGGAAAACUCGCAUGUGCCAAUAAUUGUGGGAUGGAAAAUAUUGUGGUAGAACACAUUGGAAGCUGCUCGCCAACAAAAUAACUUAUCGUCAGUCACUAGAAUAGUCUUCAUUCUAUCAUUUUAUCGUAUUUUCAUUUUAUUUAUUUGUAAUUAUAGUAAAACAAAUCAUGAAAAUCUUGAAAAAAAAUUGAGAGAUAAUAAAAGCGCCAAAAGCUUUUGUCAGUA